AGCUUCGUGUGAUUAGUGGGCCAAAGGUCAACGUCCUUGUGGCCAGGUCCAUCCAGACGCAGGCGUACAGCCACGACCACCUCAGCAUUCACCAAGGCUGUUUCAUAAGAAAUCUCAAUUUCUUGAAGAAACUCGACAAGAGGAAAAGAAAGCGAUCAUGACAGACAUGGACCCUGACGAGACACAGUCCGUGCCGUUGCCGGCGGCAACAGAAGAGGAGCCGUUCCUCGGAAUGACGGACAUCUUCCUGGUGUGCAUGAUCCUGGGGCUCACCAUCUACUGGUGGUUCUUCAGGGACAGGAAGGCCGCCGCCACGCCUCAACAGCUCGUCAAGCCUCUCACUGUUGUUCCACUGUCAACUGCAAGCAGAGAUCCAAGCUUUAUCAACCGCAUGAAGAAAACGAAGAAGAAUGUAGCAGUGUUUUACGGCUCCCAGACGGGCACUGCGGAGGAGUUUGCCGGCAGACUGGCGCGGGACUGUAUACGCUACGGGCUGAAGGGAUUCGCUGUAGACCCAGAGGAGUGUGAAAUGGAGGAGCUGACCAGAAUGGGGGAGGUAGAGAGCUCCUUUGCUCUCUUCUGUCUGGCGACUUACGGUGAGGGCGACCCAACAGACAAUGCACAGGAGUUCUUCGAUUGGCUACAGGAGGACCACGAUCUCAGCGAGCUCAGAUAUGCUGUGUUUGGGUUGGGAAACAAGACCUACGAGCACUUCAAUGCCAUGGGAAUUUUUGUGGACAAGAGGCUUGAAGAGAUGGGUGCUGUCAGACUCUGUACAGCCGGAAUGGGGGACGAUGAUGCAAAUAUUGAGGAGGACUUUGUAACGUGGAGAGAGACCUUGUGGCCAGCGGUGUGCGAACACUUCGGUAUCGAAUCCGUGGGAGAGGAGGGAGUGAUGAGGCAGUACACACUGGAGAAACACGAGGACAUCAACCAGAACGAGAUCUUCACGGGAGAGCCCACCCGACUCAACUCACUUACACAGCAGAAACCACCCUACGAUGCCAAGAACCCGUACAUGUCAUCUGUCAAGGUGAACCGAGAGCUGCACAAGGGAGGGGACCGGUCCUGCAUGCACAUCGAGUUUGACAUCUCAGGAUCCAGGAUCAGGUACGAGGCAGGUGACCACGUGGCCGUAUACGCAACCAACGACCCCUCCAUGGUGGAGGAAAUCGCUCAUCUCCUCAACGUCAACCUGGACGAAGUCUUCACUCUAAACAACGUGGAUGAUGAGGCAGCCAAGAAGCACCCGUUCCCGUGCCCAACAACAUACCGCACCGCCCUCCUGCACUAUGUGGACAUCACCCACCCCCCGCGCACCAACGUCCUCCACGACAUCAUCGAUUACGCCUCCGACCCCAAGGACAGGGAGUUCCUCACCAGGAUCACUGCAUCCGCUGGAAAGAAAGAGUUUGCUGAGUGGGUGACGGAGAGCCACCGUGACAUCCUGCAGAUUCUGAAGGACCUGCCGUCCCUCAAGCCGCCCCUGGACCACCUGUGUGAGCUGCUGCCGCGCCUGCACGCCCGCUACUACUCCAUAUCAUCCUCACCGAAGGAGCAUCCCGAGAGAAUCCACAUCACUGCUGUCCUGGUGGACUACCACAGUAAGAUUGACCGCAGGAUAAAGGGCGUGGCCACCAACUGGCUCGCCACCAAGAUCCCCAACGGCCCCGACGGCCCCCGCGUCCCCAUCUACGUCCGCAAGUCGCCGUUCCGCCUCCCGUUCAAGACCACGACCCCCGUCAUCAUGAUCGGACCCGGGACCGGGCUGGCGCCAUUCCGAGGGUUCAUCCAGGAGAGGCAUCAUGCCAAGGCCGAAGGCAAACCAAUCGGAGACACCGUGUUGUUCUCGGGCUGCCGUAAGAAGUCGGAGGACUACAUCUACCAGGAGGAGUUGGAAGGAUACGAGGGAGACGGGACGCUUUCGCAGCUCAACAUGGCGUUCUCCCGCGACCAGGCACAGAAGGUGUACGUUCAGCACCUCAUCAAACAGAAGUCUGAGUCGGUCUGGAAUCUGCUGAACGAUGGGGCACAUCUGUAUGUGUGCGGAGACGCCCGUCACAUGGCGCACGACGUGGACAUGGUCCUCCACGAGAUCGUGGAGAAGAACGGAAACAUGACUCAGAGCCAGGCCAAGGACUUCAUCAAGGGGCUCAGGAACAAGGGCAGAUACGCCUGCGACGUCUGGAGCUAAAACAACAGGGCAGACCCUUUUUUUAACUUGAAAGAUCAUCUGUGAUGGUAGAAGUCAU